AUAAUAAUUUAAUACUUUAGGAAAUUGUGAAAUUUUAUUUUAAACUGUGAUCAGUUAACAACAGUAUUGUUGCAACAGUAAUUCAAAAUUUUGCGCGAAGUACGCGGCUCAUCCAUUAAUAAAAUUUUCAAAAAGAAAAAAAGUAACAGAAACACAGAGAAGCAUCAAAAUGUCCGUCUCUUGCUAAUAUAGUAUCCCCUUCCUGUCGUCGACUCAGAAGAUCCCUCCUUAAUUUUCAUGCUCCCGAUUUACCCCUCUCCGUAUUUCUUGGAUCCGACCUCCGGCGAGAACUCACCUGUCUUUCGCGCUUUCUCAGCCGUCGUCACCAUGGCUGACUUCAACGAUGAUGGAAUGGAUGCUGUUCAGAGACGACUCAUGUUUGAGGACGAAUGCAUCCUCGUUGAUGAAAAUGACCGUGUGGUGGGCCAUGACACUAAGUACAACUGUCAUCUGAUGGAAAAGAUUGAAGCUGAGAAUUUGCUUCACAGGGCUUUCAGUGUCUUCUUAUUCAACUCCAAAUAUGAGUUGCUUCUCCAGCAAAGGUCAAAAACAAAGGUUACUUUCCCACUUGUGUGGACAAACACUUGUUGCAGCCAUCCUCUUUACCGUGAUUCUGAGCUGAUUGAAGAGAACGUUCUAGGUGUAAGAAAUGCUGCACAAAGAAAGCUUCUGGAUGAGCUCGGUAUUGUAGCUGAAGAUGUACCAGUCAAUGAGUUCACUCCCUUGGGACGCAUGCUUUACAAGGCCCCUUCUGAUGGCAAAUGGGGCGAGCACGAACUUGACUAUCUACUCUUCAUCGUCCGGGAUGUGAAGGUUCAACCAAACCCAGACGAAGUGGCUGAUAUCAAGUAUGUGAGCAGGGAAGAGCUAAUGGAGCUGGUGAAGAAAGCAGAUGCAGGUGAUGAUGAUGAAGCUGUGAAACUGUCUCCAUGGUUUAGAUUGGUGGUGGAUAAUUUCUUGAUGAAGUGGUGGGAUCAUGUUGAGAAAGGAACUCUUAUUGAAGCUGCUGACAUGAAAACCAUUCACAAACUCUGAAACUUUUGGAUCUUUCCUCUUCUCUAUUGAUUCCUGAUUUAAAAAAAAAACUGGCAACAAGAUCUCCUCCUGGGUGUUUUUGUAUUUCUAAAUUGUUUGAAUCCAAACAAAGAUUUUAAUAUA